AUGUGUUUACUGACGGGUGAGACUCCGGAGACAGAUUUGGAAAGAAUAAUUGUGACAUUCUGGAGGCUCGAGGAGUAUGGAGAAAAAAAAGUAUACACUUUGGAAGAAAAGGCGUGUAAAAAUGAUUUUGACAAAAAUGUCAAACGGAACGGUAGUGGUAGGUUUGUCGUACACUUACCAUUCAAAAAAGAUAAACCUAAAUUAGGAAACUCGUACGAGAUAGCAAAGCGUCGGCUGUUAUCGUUUGAAAGGCGUUUCCAGAGGGAUCCGAAAUUAAAGACGGAAUAUUGUAAUUUUAUGUCUGAAUAUGAAAAACUUGGGCAUAUGGAGAUUAUCGGUGAAGAUGAUAACGGCAGCACCGGAGAGUCAUACUAUAUACCGCAUCACGCAGUCCGUAAUGAAAAUAGUACUACUACAAAAUUACGCGUAGUAUUUGACGCAUCGUGUAAAACCGAUACGGGCAUUAGUCUUAAUGACAUUUUAAUGAAGGGGCCUGCGAUUCAAGACGAGUUGUUAUAUAUAUUAGCGCGUUUCCGGACGUAUAAUUACGUUUUAUCGGCGGAUAUAGAGAAAAUGUAUCGCCAGAUUUUGGUCACAGAAAAUCAUCGAAGUUAUCAACGCGUAUUAUGGCGAGCAAAUUCAACGCAACCGAUACAAAAUUAUCAACUUAAUACGUUAACGUACGGCACAGUUCCCGCAUCAUAUUUGGCAACGGCGUGUUUGGAAAAAUUGGCAGAAGCUGAAUACGAAAAUUAUCCCGAUGUGUGUUUGUCAAUCGUAAGAAAUUUUUAUAUGGACGAUUACUUAGGGGGUGCCAUGAAUAAAUCGGAAGUAUUAAAAUUACGAGAUAAUCUUACGACAAUUAUGAAAAAUGCGGGCUUGGUAUUGCGUAAAUGGAUGUCUAAUGUUAGCGACCUAAUCGCAGACGUUCAAUGUACCAGCGGCGGAGUGCGGGCGGUGGGCGAUACUAGGUCAACAAAGAUAUUAGGACUAAAUUGGAAUUCAGAUAAUGAUGUGCUGUUAUACACCGUGCGCCAAAUAGAUGAUAAACUAAUAACAACAAAACGAAAAAUAUUAUCCGAAAUCGCGACCAUAUUUGACCCGUUAGGACUACUCUGUCCAGUAAUAGUAAAUGCAAAGUUAAUAAUGCAAAACCUGUGGCAGGUAAAGGCUGGUUGGGAUGAGCCACUACCGGAGAGCAUUCAAAACGAAUGGCUUAAAUGUCGGGACGGCCUGUCACAGUUAAACGAAAUAUCAAUACCACGAAAAAUAAUAUGCGACGGUAUAAAGAUAGAAUUUCAA